UACCCAAUCGGCUUUUAGUGCACCAGCAAUGCUUUGCUCUAACUGUAACAUGAAAAAGAUGAUCCGAAGAGAGGGCAUUUUCUUUUCCGGUUAACGGAUGAACUGUCAUUCCCAAUUUUAUAAGUAACCACAUGCGCUUCCGGCUGAAAAAUGUUGUGUUUCUUUCGAUGCUACUACUUUUCAUGCCGUUUCUUGCCCUUUUCGUGGGAUUUAGAUCGGGGUUGAGCCGGGAGCAACUGAUGCACCAACGUAUUACAGAACUUAGUGCAAAAUUACUUCUCUCCGAGAAACUUGGCAAGGAGAAACAGAGUGCAUAUGAAUCUCUUCGGAGACAGUUUAGUUCUAUCCUGCAGAAUAAACUGAGGGACAGUAAUGACAGCAGCAUCAGUACUGCUCUCAGGUCGCAGUACAGGGACUUACUGACCAGUCUGAGCUACGAUGCCAUCCGUCCCCCUGAUAUGUUCCAUGAACUGACACAUUUGAAUGGCCGCAUUGAAGCACUGUCACCAGCUUUUAGGAUCUCUAGGGGUAGAACAGGAGUAUCAAUCGUUGUUGGCAUUCCCUCAGUGAAGAGAGAGAAAAACAGCUAUUUAUUGGAUACUUUGAGGUCGCUGGUGGAUAACCUCAAUGAAGAAGAAAAGAAUGAUACAUUGCUGGUUGUGUUAAUAGCAGAGCCCUAUGAUGUGAAGUACAUCCAGAGCCAGGCAGAGCUGGUCAAGUCAAAUUUUCCAGAUGAAGUGGGUUCAGGUCUUAUUGAGGUGUUGGGACCCUCUGCCUCCUAUUACCCUGAUCUGGACAGCAUAAAGGAGACCCUGGGGGACUCCAAGGAGAGGACAAGAUGGAGAAGUAAACAAAACCUGGACUUUGUGUAUCUAUGGAUGUAUGCCAGAACAAGGGGGACGUAUUAUGUACAGCUGGAAGAUGAUGUCAUGGCCAAGUCUGGUUACGUGACCAUCAUGAAGAACUUUGCUCUCAGCCAGAAGACAGAUGACUGGCUACUGCUGGAGUUCUCAUACCUGGGCUUCAUUGGGAAGAUGUUCAAGUCUGCUGAUUUGCCAUACUUGAUAGAGUUUAUCCUGAUGUUCUACACAGAGAAGCCCAUAGACUGGCUACUGGACCAUUAUCUGUUUGUCAAAUUGUGUAGUCCAGAGAAGGAUGCAAAAUACUGCGACCGAAUGAAGAGCAGUUUACGCCGCCGCUUCAAACCCUCCCUGUUUCAGCACGUUGGAAUGCAUUCUUCACUGAAGGGAAAAGUGCAGAAAUUGAAAGACAAGGACUUUGGCAAGGCUCAGCUCCAUCAUCCCCACACCAACCCUCCAGCUGAGGUGUCCACCACGAUAGAAAAAUACCAGAAAUACUCCCUGGAUGAUGCCUAUCUGGGCCUGGACUUUUUCUGGGGAACCUUUCCCAAAGCUGGCGAUAUGUGCAUCUUCAGGUUUAAUCCACCAAUAGCAUUAGAGAGCUUUUACUUCAAAAGUGGUAAUCCGGAGCACCCUGGGGAUCAGUUGUAUAACACAACUGUUGAAAUCAUGCCAUACUCGCACACACAAAAACAAGAUGGCAUCCUGACCAAUGACGUGAACUACCAACAGUACAAUCGCACAAACGACGGCUACCUGAUCAUGGGGGAGUUUGUUAAUAGCGUGGCCAAGGGGGAUGUUGGAGCUGCUCUUGGUCCUAUAUUGGAGUUAAGACUGCAUGUGAAGUCUGAGAGCAAGGCAUGGGUUAUCCUCAGUGAGAUUUACAUAAAACCAUUAACGACAAGCUGACAGGGAAUGGCUACAGGCAGUUGACAAGACUGGAAACAUGUGACCCAAUGUACAGGUGUUUUUUUAUUUCUCAAAUGAUCUGUUAAAUUUUGAUAUGCCAAAUUGCUCAUAUCAGGUGCUUGCAAGUUCAUUUUGGAAUAUUUAUAAACCAUGUAGAUAAUAACACUUAGAUCAAUUCAAAUGAUAUUUAUAAAUACUAUAAUGAAUUACAUAAUUCUUAUUUUAUGUGUGAGGUAUUUACUCAAGUUUACACAGAUGGCUUUACAUUUUAGAUCGGUUAUAGUGUUCAUUUUAUCAUUUUAUGUACGCUGUCAUCAAGAAUGCCUUUUUGCCUAUAGUGAUUCUAUGAUUUCAUGAUUUUUCUCAGCAUAAAAAAGGGCUUUUAUUGGUUUUAAUGUUAUGGGAUAUUAAGGGAAUUCACUUUUAUUUUGAGCUGUUUAUGAAUAUAUAUUAAUAAUAUGAAUUUCUUUUACACGGAUAGAGGCAAUUUAUUUGUAAUAAAAAUAUAUUUACAUGUGUGUGUGUUAAUAUUUGAAAGGGAUUUGUGAAAAUUCUCCUAUAUUGCUGAUAUUUAUAAUAUUUUCAAAUAUUUUAAUCUUCUGUGCUGUUUUAAUUGCCAUGACGGUUUGGGAUUUGGUGCUACAACAAAUGGUUUUUCAUAAUCAUACUGCUUUUUUAUGAUCAUUUAUGAUCCCCCCAAAUUAUUUACCAGGUGCUAUCCAAGGAAAAAAGUUGAUACAGUAAUUAUUAUAUUAGUUGAUUAUUCAAGAAGUAGAUUCAAUAAAACAAUUUUAAUGGAGUCAUAGCAAUGGGCAUUAGUAGAAAAAUAACGAUAAGUCUGAACUAAGCCCAAAAACAUGAGUUCUUUGUGAAAUGGGCUCAAAAGCUAGUCUAUCAUUAACUGAUUUUUUUUCACAAUCAAGGUUCGAAAUUAAAACUAGUUUAUUUUAUCUGCUGUAUUUAAUGUGUUCAUUGCAAUUUUUGUUCUUAUAGUUGUGUGAGGGAUGUGAAUUUGUUGUACAGCAGGGGAAAUUAUGAGACAAAUUUGAAAACUUUGAAAACCAAGACAACAAUCUGGUACAUUUUUCAAAUUUUCAAUUAUGGUGUAUUUUAACUAUUUUAAGCUAGAAGUGAUUUCUGAAGAUGGAAUUUUAUAUAAAAUGUAGGUUUUAUUCAUAUUUAUGUCAACUGCAGUUUGAAUGUCGAAAUGGGUAGAUUUUGUGUUGAAAUUUUGUUCUUCUGGUAUAGAAGACAAAUUAUUCCAAUAAUGGCACAUUCAGUUUCUUUGAGCAGCAGAAAAACAUUAAAUUUAAUAGGAGCAUUGGGUAUCGAGUGGUAACUGACAUUUGAUUGAUGGUUAUCGAUUGAUUGGGGGUAUCUUUUAUCCUAUCAGAGCGCUAAUGAAUGUUAUAUGGUGACUUUUAGUGUGGCCAUUUUCUCCUAUUGACACUAUGAUCCUUGAGAAAAAAAGGGGACAGUAAUUUGGACUAUGGAACAUACAAUGCUAUAAAUGCCUAAUUCUUAUUUCAUAAACUUGUUUGCCAUAAAUGAUUAUUUUUUAAUGGAUUAUCAUAAGAUUUUAAUAUUGGAAUUAAGCCAUCUAAUAGGGUUUCAUCUUUGAUUAAGUGCCAACAACUAUCUCAGAUCAAGAUAUUUAAUAUGUCAGGUAUAUAUUAGGUUUUUUUAAGUUAUCAUCUUUGUAAAUAUUAUAAAGUUGUAAAAUAAAUAUAGUAAUCAAUGACUUGAAAUGCA